GGAGGAGGACGGUCCAGAGGUGCUGCUGGUGAAGGAGGAGGUGUGUGAGGAGGGUCUGGGGAACCCUGAGGGGACCAUGGUCAUGGAGGACAACCAUACUACACUUCCUCCUGAAACCUCAGAGGAACCAGCUGAGCAGCACAGGACCACACACAGUCUCACUGAGUCAGUAGACCUGGAGGAUGGGAAGCCUGAUCCGCUAGUCAAAGAGGAGACAGUAGAAGACGGGCCAGAGAGCAUUGGUCUGCUGAGUGGACUGAAGAUUAGGGAGCAAGGUGGAUGGCUGGAGGCUAACAGAGGAGACUGGGCAGCCUUCUUGGAUUUCCAGACCCAGACAGGUGCAGCCAAGGGCCUAAGGGACAACAUCACUGAUCAGGCCAGGACCAGAGGCGACAUAAUGGAGUCUGCAGUCCAUGAGGACCUGCUGAUAUCGGGUGUUGCUGGCGGGAGAGACUUGACCUCUGAAGCGGCUGGUCACAAACCCUGGCCCCAGAUGAGAAGUCUGGAUCAGGAGCCAUCGCUUUUCCUUCCCGAGUCGGAACCAGGACCGAACCACAACGAACAGAUUCUCCACCACCACACAGAACACAACCAGUGGACAGUUGGACUGAACAAUCUCAGUCCUGGUGAUCAUCAGAGCGAUAGAGACUCCAGUCAGGGAACAACGGCUAGAGGUCAAGCAGGGAGCUCAAAGACUAACCACCUAAGGGUGCUGGAUCCAGCUUCUACCUCCUCUGGUGUCAUUGGGUCACAACGUGGGAGGCUGAGCGUUAGGACCGAUGCAGACAAGCCAUAUGCCUGCCCCACGUGUGGGAAGCGCUUUUCUGAGGCAAACUAUGUGAAGAAGCACCAGACCGUUCACACCAAGGAGAGGCCCUUCAAGUGUAAGCUGUGUUACAAAAGCUUCUCCUUCCUGACAAACCUUAUCAGACAUAGGAGUGUCCACAACGAGGAGAAAUUGUAGCAGUGUGGCUUGAGAUGUACGCAGGGGUUGUCCGGGAACUAUUCUUUAGCUGAAAUAUUAUAGUUAUCAUGUGAAGUGUACUGGGGUAAAAAAAAAUAUAUAUUACCAAGGCUGCGUUUAGACAGGCAGCCCAAUUCUGAUAUUUUUCCCACUAAUU